AUGACCAACUCGGGCGAGGUGGUCCGUUACGAAACGGCCACAAAAACAGGCAAGGACGUUACGGUGCAGGGGUACGUGUUUUUCAAACAGGUGCCUGCCUUUACGGAACCUUGCCUUUCAACUGAGGCGAAUAUUUACUCUGCCAACAUGGUAGAUUUGAAUAAGGGUGAACUGCAACACUACGUCAGCAGUACGCUGAUGUGCAAGCGAGGCUGGAAUGGUGUUGUUGGCGGUGGUGUUGGCGGUGGUGUUGGCGGUGGCGUUGGCGGUGGCGUUGGCGGUGGUACGGACGAUGGUGUUGACGGUGGCGUUGGCGGUGGUGUUGGCGGUGGCGUUGGCGGUGGUGUUGACGGUGGUGUUGGCGGUAGUGUUGGCGGUGGUACGGACGGUGGUGUUGGCGGUAGUGUUGGCGGUGAUACGGACGGUGGUGUUGGCGGUGGUGAUGGCGGGGCGCUUACCCAUAACCUUCCGCACGGAAAUGGACGAUGGUAUGGCGGGAUAAAUGGAGUCCUGGCCAAUCAGAGCAGAAGCCCGAUGUUCGGGUAG